UCACACGAAAUUAUUUGUUCAUGACAAGAAUACACCACAAGACGACGGUGACGGGUGAGACGGAACUCGUGAAAUGUCACGUCAUGAAGGAGUCAGCUGUGAUGCAUGUAUGAGAGGAAACUUUAAAGGACGUCGUUUCAAAUGUUUAAAAUGUUACGAUUAUGAUCUGUGUGCUGACUGUUACGAAGCUGGCGCUACUACACCACGCCAUUCAGUUGAUCACCCCAUGCAGUGUAUCUUAACACGUGCUGACUUUGAACUUUACUAUGGUGGUGAAUCAUUGGCAUCAGACCAGCCUCAAGCAUUCACAUGUCCAUUUUGUGGGCGUAUGGGUCUCACUGAAGCAGUGUUAACAGAACAUGUUACUGCUGAUCAUCCUGAUUUAACUACCGAAGUUGUUUGUCCAGUUUGUGCAGCACACCCAGGAGGUGAUCCAAAUUUGUUAACUGAUGAUUUUUCUGUUCACCUACAAAUGCAACAUCGUGCCAGUCCAAGCGUUCCCAGGGAUUUAAUUUCAUUUUUAGAUGAACCAACUGUAGCAAGACAUUCAGUUCGACGUAUACCUCAAUCAUCAAGGGGUAUGGGAAGUACUAGGGUUCGAAGAGCAAUCAAUUUCAGGUACCGGGCAGCAAAUGGUGGAACAAGAGAUGGUUCAGAUCCAAUUGCUGAGCUAUUAUCACAGUUAAGUGGAGUUCGUAGAGCACAAUCAAAUAAUGUGCCUGGAUCGUCAACAAAUAACUCACAAGGCACUAAUAAUGUUUCAUCACAACUGCAACAAUUGCAAAUGCAACUACAGCUUGAAAGACAACAAGUCAGGGCUGCUAGACAGCAAUUAGAACGUUUACCCCGUCGUCAAGGUCAUGGCUCAUCUGCAGCGGCAUCAUUGGCCAAUAAUAAUAUAGUUGGAUCAGCAGUGCCAACACAAUCUGCUGGUUCAUCUUCUAACUUACUCAAUAUUCAAGUAGUUGAUUCUAACUCAAACCAAAAUCAGUCUACACGCAAUAGCUCAUCACAGUUUCUUAUAAAAUAUAUUGAUGCACCAUUAACUGAAUCUGAACAACAAAAAUUGGAUGUGGACCGGGCUGAUCGUAGUUUCUUUAUGCAAGAAUUAUUAUUGUCCAUGUUAACUCCAAAUGGGACUAUGCCUGCAACAAUAAAUGCUAAGAAAGACCAAUCACCUCUGGCCACAGCUGCUCAACCUCCGGUAUCUCAAGCAUUAACUAAACCUAUAGUUCCAGAUACUAAACAACGGCAAACUAACAGCAGACCAUCGCCACCACCUUCACAGCAAUCAGCCAAUCAUGUUAUGGGCGUUCCUCAUAGAUUUUCUUCACCGCCUAGCCGCAACCGACAAUCUGUGAUGCAGUCACAAAUUCCACAACCAGCAUCUAAUGUUCGAAAACAACCCAAAGUCACCGAUCCCUCACCAUCAAAUUGAAUUAAUUGGAAAGAAUCUAGUUGCUGCUUAACAAGUUCAUAAUGAAAUGUCUAGUCGUGUACUGGUGUUGUAACACUUUUUUGAAAUUAAAAUAAUAUAUUUAGAUUGAUAUUUUUUU